AUGGAUAUAUAUCAUCCUCUCUUCUCCUCUCUUAUCUCAUUCGCUUUCUUUUUAAUUUCACACCAAACAACAGCCGGUGGAGGUUUGGAAACGACAGAUAUAAGCUCCGUCAGGGGCACCAUAGGUGCCAUUGUGGAUUACGGGUCUCGCGUGGGAAAAGAAGAGAAAGUAGCAAUGGAAAUGGCUAUCAAUGAUUUCAACGACCACACCAAUCAAAGAUUGAUUCUCCGAGUAAACAACUCACAAGGGGAUCCCUUCCAAGCAGCUCUGACUGAUUUGAAAACGUUGGAGCAUCGAAGCACAAAUCUCAUAUCUGAAGUCGCUGGAUCUUCAGAUAUGGCAUUGAAUCAUGUAGAAAAUGCUCCCCUUGACCAUGGACGUGAAACAAACAGAAAUUCUGAAUUUGACGCGGUGGUUGGUGAUGUGGCGAUAAUAUCCAGCAGAUAUAAAUAUGCAGAAUUCACACAACCCCACACUGAAUCCGGACUGGUAAUGAUAGUCUCUGUGCGAUCCCAAUCGAGCAACAAAGCUUUAUUAUUCAUGAAACCCUUCACAAGGGCAAUGUGGUUUCUUAUAGUUUUUGUGAAUGUCUACAAUGGCUUUGUGAUAUGGAUGAUAGAGCGACCUCACUACGCUGAAGUUAGAAGCUCGGUGAUGAAUCAAAUAGGAACCCCGCUUUGGUUAGCUUUUGGCACAUUGUUCUCUUUAAAUGGGGAAAAGCUACAUAGCAGCUUGUCAAGGAUAGCAAUGGUGGUCUGGCUGUUUGUGGCAGUAAUCAUCACACAAAGCUAUACGGCAAACCUCACCAGCAUGCUCACUAUCCAGCGGCUCGAACCAACAGUAGCAGACAUUGAGACACUGAAGCAUAGCAAUGCCUUAGUGGGGUAUUCAAGGAAGUCGUUCGUGGUGAAUUACUUGGUGGAUGUUUUGCAUUUUAACACACAGAAUUGCAAAAACAUUUCAACAACAGAAGAAUUUGCUCUGGCCCUCAGAAGUGGGAAAAUAGCAGCUGCCUUUCUUGAAGUUCCUGUGGCCAAACUCUUCCUCGCUAAAUACUGCAAAAGUUUUAUUACAGCAGGACCAACAUACAAAGCAUUCCCAAAGGGUUCUCCGAUGCUUCCCGACAUAAAUCAAGCAUUACUGAAGGUCUCUGAAAGCGGUGCACUACAUGAACUGGAGAGGAGUAUGACAAGAUCUGAGAAGUGCUUGGAUGAGGAAUCAGAUAAAGAAAACGUUAGUCUAAGCGCCAACAGCUUUUGGGUACUCUUCGUUUUCACCGGCGGUACUUCAACGACAGCUCUAGCUAUCUAUAUCAUUCGCAGCAAGUGGAAACUUGAAAAUUCUAUCUUUCAACUUGGAAGCAUUUGGAUGGUAAUAUGGAUUGUACUUAAACACUGGGAGAGUAAGAGGAGUCGAUUUUCAAGAAGAGUUAGCCCUGUAGACACUCUAGCAGAUGGUCCAUACGCAUUGGAUUCCUGGACUCAGGUUUAG